UAACUUUUCGCAGCUGUCAAUUGUAUAAAUAUACAACAACAGUCGUGUAUUAGUCGCGAAAAACAAAAUACUUAAAAAUAACUACAAAUCCUUCCUGAUGCAAAAUACUUAAAUGCAGAGCCAACUGAACGUGCAACUGUAGACUGUGCUUAUAUAUUAUAAAUGUUUAAUAUUUAACAACUGACUUUUGAGAGUCUAAUUUAUAUACAUACAUAACGACCUAACAUAAAAACCGCGAUCAAAGCAAAAUACAUAUUUACAAAAACGAUAACUAAUUGAUAGCAUUUAAAAGUAAAACUCCGUCAGGUAAACAAAUCGCGAUUGUGUUAACUAAACAAAACUAUUUCUUUGGUUGCUAUUCAUUUUUUGGGAGCCCCCUCAGACUAAGUCGUAAAUGUUGUGGUAACUGUUGUGCUGUAACUUCUUACAUCUGUGUAUUCGUAAUUCUGCGUGCGUUGGCACCUCUUUCCCCCCUCUGUCUCUCUUUGCCCUGCCGCGCCUUCCAAACUCCUCAAGGUGAUGCCAUUUUGCAUCAUGAGCAGCAGCAGCUUAGCAGCUAAGCGUUUAAGCGGCAUCGCUAGUGGCAGUGGCAGUGGCAAGAACGAUAGCCUUAAGAGCCACAGUAGAGUCUGUAAGAUAGCUGAUUGGUUUCCACAACGCGCCGAGGAGAAUAAGCGCAAGAAGCGCGUCGAGCAGCAGCGGCAACAGCAGCGGCAGAGACGCGGUGCCAAGGUCUUUAAAUGUGUUAGUGACUCCACUGGUCAUCUGACACUGGCACCCUCUAGACUCUUCGAGCGCACCCCCAUGAGCCCGUCCGAUAGCCUGGAUGAGAUUGCGCUGCAGAUACCAAGUAACACGUUCGGUCCUUGAAAACGCUCGGC